GAGCUGCGCACUGGCCGAGGUCUCGUCUGCGCUCCCAUUCCGAACUCCUCGGACUCCCCUGUGCACAAAUAGAUCAGAGAUGAACUAGCUCAUCGUGCCUCAUCCUAUGGAUGAAAAACGAGGACCUUGGCAGGCAAACAGGACACCCUGCCCAGCAGACAUGACACCCUGCCCAAGGGCUUUGCUGUGGACGAGGAACUUUGAAAAAUCUCCCACAAUGACCUUGCAAGCUGUCACAUCUAGUACUUCCAGGUGCCCCAGGUUUGGGGGACAUCGUAGCUGUUUUUUCCCCCGUGUGAAGUGGGGCUUCUGGGGACUUGGCAGACUCAGAUUAGAGACACCCACCAGCGAGCCUCUUUGCUGUCCUUCUGGGAACUCCUUCCGAUGAGAGCAGAACCUCUUCGGAAGAAAAAGAAAGUAGAUCCUAAAAAAGACCAAGCAGCAAAGGACCGUUUGAAGCGGAGGAUCCGACGACUGGAAAAAGCUAGCCAAGAGCUAAUUCCCAUUGAAGAUUUUAUUACUCCUGUGAAGCUUUUAGAUAAAGCGAGACAGCGGCCUCAGGUGGAGCUCUCCUUUGAGGAGGCUGAGAGGAGAGCUUUGCUUCUGAAGAAGUGGUCCCUGUACAAGCAGCAAGAGCAUGAGAUGGAGAGGGAUGCUAUCAGGUCCCUGCUUGAGGCCCAGCAGGAAGCUCUGCAGGAGCUGCACCUCACAUCUCCAGAGCUCCACGCAGAAGCCAUCAAGCGGGACCCCAGCCUGCUCCCUUUUGAGAGGGAAGGGCCGCAUUACACACCACCAGUCCCUAACUACCAGCCCCCUGAAGGCAGGUACAACAACAUCACCAAGGUAUACACACAGGUGGAGUUCAAGAGAUAAGGCUGCAGGCGGCUGUCCUCAACAUGCUGGCCUUGAGAGCCACAGUAACUAGGGUUCAAGUCUUUUCACAGAAUAAGGCAUGCUGUUAAUAAACAUAAGUUUACUCAAAA